AUGCAGCACGGUAGGCGACGACUCCGGCAGCGGACAGAGCAAGAUGCAAUGAAUAACAGCAGCAGUGACUCGGACGUGGUGCUAGUGGCAACAUCAGAGGAGAUACGAGGCAACUCGCAGGCAUUAAGAAAGAUGUGGGAAUGUCCGAUGUGUACGUUCACAAAUGACAAUGUUAGUGCGUCCAGAUGUAGAGUGUGCAAACGCAAGCGGCCUGGAUUGUCAAGGAAGACGCGGGAACUGUCGCAAUGGCUCUCACAGCCAUUGGACAAGACAGAACCUGUUGAUGUAAUUGACAGCAGUGAGAACGACGAAAGAGUUGAAGCUGUUGGCAUCAGUCGUGUAGCUACCAACUUAUGGUAUAGUAGCGACAAUAACGACAAAUUAAGGACUGCAAAGCUAAACCGGGGGCUAUGGGCGGAUGUACACACUCCAAUGACGGUGGAAGACCUCUGUGUGAACAAGAAAAAAGUGCAGGAAAUUGUGGAAUGGCUGCAACAAAAUGCUUUGUUACGCUCGGGUGUGUUUCAGAAACGGUUGCUAUUCUUGUAUGGGCCUCCAGGAUCGGGCAAGUCGACAGCAGUACGAUGCAUUGCUCAGCACCUGCAGUUGGUCGUGAAAGAGUGGCAAGACAACUCGGCUGCUGGAAGGCUUAACUACGAUAAAAUGCUACGAAAGGAGUUUUGGACACCCCAGGUGUCAGGAGUGGAUGAUUUCUCGGACUUUAUCCAUCGUUCGUCAACCUACGCGGCACUUCCCGUUGCCACGUCCAGACGUGUACCUUCUAUUGGCCGGAAGCGGCGACUACCAAACAACGAGGAAGAACUCGGUUAUCCACAGGCGCCAUCGAUGAGCGCUGGUGAGUUGAUUUUGUUAGAGAGCUGGCCACAGCCAUGGUCGAAAGAUCAGUCAGUCUAUGAAGAGAAGCUUCAACAAAUCUAUCAGCACGUGUUGGACUCGUCUAGUGACUGCCAUUACCCUGUCGUUUGCAUUUAUAGCGACGUCCAAGGGAGCAAGAUCGAUCUAGAGCAUUUGAGCAGGAAGUUUUCUCGCGAAGUGAUGCAUUCGCCACUAACUUCAGUCAUUAGUAUCAACGCGGUGACUGCUGGCCAGCUAAAGAAAUAUCUUUCUCGUGUUGCUGCUAAGGAAAACUGUGCUGCUCAGUCAGCAGACAUUCAGAGGAUCAUUGACAGUAGCAAUGGCGAUAUUCGGCACGCGCUUAAUAUGCUACAGCUAUUGGACAAUCGCAUUGUGAACAAAAUGUCUAGACUGACACCUGCAAGCAAGUUUGGCAAGAAAAAACAUGCUUUUGCUCGCGUAAAGGUAUCAUCUUCGACGAGUUCCAGCGCCCGCGAUUCCUUUCUUUCGGACUUUCACGUGAUGGGAAAACUGCUGCAUGGAAAAAUCUUACAAAGCAAGUCGGACGACGAGAGUGAGCUGAAAUGUGACGCAAAUGAUGCGGAUUACGACCGGAUAUUGGAUGCAUCUGCAAUGCCACUGGAUCGAGUGCUUGGGCUUGUCCAUGCGAACAGUAUUGCUUACUUUACGCAAGUGGAAGAUCUAUCUGACGCUCUCGACUUGAUGAGCUCGUGUGAGGUGAUGGUAGCGAACUCUUAUAACAGUGUUAGCAGCUCAGAGGCUUUCAAGUGUUUAAGAAACGUUGUUCAAGCCAUUUUGCUACGAUGUAUAGCAAUCACAAACAAAAAUCCUGCCCCAAAGGCGUUUCGUCCGAUUACUCGGCCUCGGACAUACACUGCAAAGCAGCGGAUUGUGUCACGGCGUGAGGAAAUGGAAUUGGUCACCCGAGGAGGCGAGUAUGGGUAUCACUACGCGUGUACGGGCGAUGUGUUUGCAUUUGAAGUGGAGCCUUUUCUAACAAUCAUGGACGAAGUUGGUGGACCCUCUGCUGGGCGGGAUAAGACUGCAAAUUCCUGUGUGGUUGAUUCACUAGCACUCCAAGAAACAGUAGACGAUGAAAUUCAGAAUAGUGAUGAGGAGUGGUAA